UAAUAAAUACAUUUUUUGAUUAUAAAAUGUAUGCCUUUAAAAGGCUCAUGACUCCUUUUGAAAUCAUGUUCUUUAAUGUGAUAUAAAAUAAUAAGUAACGGCCCUAAACAUUAUUUUAUUGUAUAUUUGAGGAGGAAACAUUAUUUUCUAUGGAGUGGUCAUACUGUAAAAUCACGUUGGGUAAUUUGUUAUCAAUAAUUAUCAAUCAUUCAAAAAAAAAAUGUUACUGUAUUUUCGUUACAUGGUCGUGUUUGCUGUUCAUUAUAGGUUUAAAAAUUACUACUCUUGUCAAAAAAAUGGGUCGAGUAUCAAUACUAAUUUUUCUGAAAUAGAACAGUACAUAGGAAUACACUUUUAUAUGAGUAUCGUAAAAAUGCCAUCCUAUAGGAUGUUUUGGAGCUCACAGACUAAACAGAUUUUCAAUAAUAAGUGAUAACAUGUCAUGUAACAGAUAUGACAAAUUACGAUCUAAUUUUCAUGUAAACAAUAAUGAAAAUUUACUUCCACGAGACAACCCAAAUCAUGACAAACUUUUUUAAAUCCGUCCGUUUAUAGAUUCUGUUAGGAAUAAUAUGAAAAAAAUACCAGUUGAAGAAUACAGUUCAGUUGACGAAAUAAUUAUACCAUUCAAAGAUAGAUUUGUCAUGAAACAAUAUAAUAAAAACAAACCGCAUAAGUGGGGCAUCAAAAUGUUUGCCAUGGCUUCCAAGAAUGGUAUAAUUCAUGACUUUGAAAUUUAUGUUGGGAAGGGUACUGUACAACUGUUCGACACAGGACUUGGUCUGAGCGGAGACAUCGUCAUGCGAUUAACUGAAUGCAUACCUAAAUUUGAAAAUUAUAAAGUAGCUGUGGACAACUGGUUUAAUUCUUACAGUCUCCAAUGUCGUACAAAAUAUGCAGGCUUACAAUGUAUUGGAACUGUACGAUCAAAUAGAACGGGUAAUUGUGAUUUUGAGACUGAUACUGUAAUGAAAAAAAGUGGACGUGGCUCGUAUGACUGGAAAAUUGUCUCUACAAAUAAAAUAGUUUGUUGUAAGUGGUUUGAUAAUAAGUAUGUGCAUAUUAUAUCAAACUAUAUGGGAAUAGAACCAACUGAUUCCGUUGAAAGAUGGAGUGUGUCAAAUAAAAAAUAUGUUUCUGUUGUCAGACCAGCCUGUGUGAAGGAAUAUAAUAGCUUCAUGGUGGGAAUUGACCUGCAUGACAUGCUGGUAGAAUUGUACAGGACAAAAAAAUAAAGUUAAACACUUAUUUAAGAAUCAUACACCAUAUUUUAGAUAUGUGCACUGUAAAUGCUUGGUUACUUUACAGAAGACACUGUCAGCAAUUACAUAUAACUAAGUAUCAAAGUAUGUUGCAAUUCAAAACUAAUAUUGCUGAAGGACUUAAAAAUGCUGGAUUUAAUAAAAAAAAACAAAGGGGACGUCCAUCUUCAAGUAUAAAUUUUGUAAAUCCUACACCUCCUAAAAAAAGAAAAGUUUUUGCUGCUAGACUGUGUGCUGACGUACAGUUUGACAAAAUAGAGCAUUGGCCAUGUCCUAUUAGUGAAAGACAGAGGUGCAAACAUUGUCCAGAACAUAGCUAUUCUAGAAUGAAAUGCGAAAAGUGUAAUGUUUACCUUUGUUUGAAUAAUAACAAAAACUGUUUUGUAAGUUUUCACAACAAAUAACAAAUAAUUAAAUUAAUCA